AUGUUGGCCAUACCUAACGCCUGUGGAGACCAUGGAUGCACUCCAACUGGAUUCGGGCCUGGCCGUACCAUGCUGCUGAAGAGCCCGAUAGAGCCUAUGCCUACACCGAGACAUGCGAUUGCACGAUGUGAACCGUCAUAUAAGCAAUUGGCUUGCGACAAGGCCAAUUGGCUCUUCCGUGGAUGGCGGGAAGUGAGGUUCGAUGUUGCCAAUGGAGUGCAAGAUGAUUUCAGAUCACGAGCUUGGCAUGCUGACUCAGCCGCAUGUGGAUACUACGGCUACCCUAGAUCACGUGCUCCCAAUCUUUACGAUUUAAACCCCAUGGUUAAUUUGAGAUCGGGUGGAACGCCUGAUUUGACGAAAGAAUACACGAAAUCGAACGAGUCGAAUAUCGAAUACGAAGACCCGGUUAACGACAACGAAAUGUCAGAUAACGCGGGUGGCCCUAGUAGCCAUGAUGUGAGCGAAGAAACUCGCAUGAGACUGGAGAUCGCGAGACUCCAACAUGAAGUCCAACAAAUGAGAACUGGUAGGGGUCAGGCCUCUACAAGUGAUGAGAACAUCAGUGCAGAUCUAGCAAACUAUCUGCAGAGGAAAGGCAGAACGUCUGCUAUCGUGAAAAUCCUUAAUGAGUUCCGUGAUCAAGUGAGACCCAUAAGGAAGCCAGUUGUACUGACCGGAUCUGGGAACUACCCCAUGUGGAAAGAAGAGAUCCUCCUCGCAGCGAGGCAAUCUGAAACCGAUGACAUCCUUGAUGAGAAGCAAAUAGGCCCUGAUGAUAAUGCCAGCACUGAUAUGCAGCGAUUUUGGAAAGAACGCAACAUGUGGCUAUACAACUACAUGUGGUCAUCAGUUGCCCCACAGGCAAAAUCUCAUUUUACUAUACCCAAGGAUUGCGAAUUAUCUGCGUAUUCUCUAUGGUCUAUCAUAGAGGACAAUUUCGCUGAAAGGCCUGCUGUCCUAAGGACAAGGUUAUACAAGGAGAUGACAAGCAUGACAGCCAAGUCAAAAGGCUCUGAUCGCGCGUUUAUCGAACGCUUGAUCGCCAUAAGGACUGACUAUAUCCGCCUAGGAUAUAGGGUCGAAGAUUUCAUGUUUUUUGACUGCUUACUUACUGGGGUAAGCAAAGGGUGGGCCUCGUUCAUUAAGAACCGUAUGGACCAAAUUGAGAAAGAUAACGCCCAACCCUUAGAGAGUGAUUUCAUGGCCCUUUGCCGCGAUAUCCUCUUGCGGCUUCCGACAACUGAUGAAUCCAAUGCUGACACGUCUAGGAACCCUACCAACAACGCGCAGGACUCCAAAUCCGACAAGAAGGAUAAGAAGGGCAAGGAUAAGGAUAAGGAGAAGGAGAAGGACCCCAAAUCUGACAAGAAGGGCAGUGAGACACGGACCUGCUUCCAUUGCCAGAAGACCGGUCAUAUCCAGAACGAUUGCUGGAAGAAAUACCCAGAGAAGCGUCCGUCCAAUCCCAACAACGCCAAUAAGGAUAAGGACAAGGGUGAUACCAAUGCUGGCACUGCUCCUGUCCAUAACGUCGUGGAACAAGUAUUCUGUAUGACGGACAAGGCCUACAUGAGCAGCGAAAGACCCACGAGAGAUACCUGGAUUCUAGACUCGGGUGCGGGUGCCCACGCAACACCUCAUAAAGAUCUUGUCGUGGCAAAGCCCCAAAAAUAUACUGUCAAGUUGGAAAUGGCAGAUGGAACGAUAGUGCCUGCCGCAGCGAUAGGCGACACGAAGAUCACCGUUGAAGGGGCGGACAUGCUACUAACUGGCGUCCGCUACGUCCCGAAAUUAGAAGUGAACCUCAUGAGCAUGGGUAAGCUCGUACGCCAGGGCUUUACCUUCAAGCAGUUGGCAUAUGGAAGCAACCACGCCGUGCUCUUUAUGUCCCCAGAUAGAACGUUCUCCUUCACGGCGAAGUUGAACGACAAUGAUAUCUACGAGGUGGAGAAGCCGCCUACCUUCAAGGAUCUAAUUCGAUUCGCCCUGUCCAACGGCAAAUUUGAACCUGUCAACGCGAUGGCGGACGACAGGACUACUGACGCGAUACUGGCGCUGCCCAACAACGACAUAAAGGUUAUAGAACUAACAAUGACACAGUGGCACCAAAAAUUAGGGCAUCUAAAUCCCGCGGAUAUCGCUAGAAUGGCAGCAGAUCCACGCCUAGGAAUGAGAAUCAUCGGCCAACGAGCUUUACCGUUUUGCAAAGUCUGUGUCCAAGCAAAGAUGACACGUCCAACCUUUGCGCCCAUGACGCGAGCUACCAAGCCGGCGAUGAGACUCUUCAUCGACCUAGCAGGGGGUGGAAAAACGCUUUUUGACGGGAACGACCUACCCACUAGGGGGGGUGCUAGCUACUGGCUAGGGAUAACAGAUGACGCUACGAGAUACCGAUGGGCAAUCUUGAUGAUGUCGAAGGGUGAGUCUACCGCGAGAUUAAUGAACUUCAUCACAGGCAUUGAGGCAACUACGCAACGCCGUGUAGGCACCCUACACUGGGAUGGUGGCAGCGAGUUUAAAGGCCAAGAUCUGAAGGCCUACUGCCAGAGCAGAGGAAUUGCGUAUGAAACGACUACGCCUGAUACGCCGCAAUCGAACGGCCCUGCUGAACGCGCCAACAGGAUUGUUGCAGAAAAGACAAGAAGCCUUCUAUUUGAUAGCGGACUAGCUAAGGAAUUGUGGGGUGAGGCGAUGCAAGCCGCGAUCAUGAUGAUCAACACGUCCCCAACGUCAACUAAGAUAUACGGAUGCAAGCAAGUAGUUCCGCUUACGCCAUUUGAGGCAUGGACUGGGGUGCAACCUACUGCCCAUUGGAUACGCAGGUGGGGGUGCAAGGUCUACAAGAAGAACCUAAAGGUUACCAAUAAGCUCGCGGAUAGGACUGACGGCAAGGAAUGGCAGCUAGUUGGCUACCAAGGACUGCACCAAUAUCGUAUCUGGGACCCAAUUGGCCGUCGCCUUGAAAUCGCGCGAGAUGUCGUAUUCGACGAAGGACUAGACAAGGGUGAAACCACGCCUGCGAACGUGGUGAGGCAAUCGAGCGAAUUACCAGAAGAAUUGGACGUACUAGAUGCUGCUGAUGGGUGGCAACACUGCCUCCUGCGACACCUAGCAAAGGUGAAACCUGACGUUUUGAAGAUGAUUGCCAAUGGGGAUCUUGAAGGUGCGAUAGAUCCAACAUACCUUCUAGAUAAUGAGACAGAACUUGUCGAGAAUGAUGAACCAGAAGACCCUGCCAAUGAGGACGAUCCUGUCCUGAGCACCCUAACUGACCGCCCAACUACCGUGGCGGAAGCCAAAAGGAGCCCUGAUUGGGACUACUGGUAUGAGGCGAUGAAGAAAGAGGUCAGCAUGUUUGAGAACAAGCAGACAUAUAUUGUCGUUGAGAAGACCCCGGGCAUGGAUAUCUUAACUGGUAAAUGGGUGUUUGAUCGCAAGUUGAACAAUAAGGGAGAAACAAUCCGGUUUAGAGCUCGCUGGGUGGUUAGGGGAUUCCUCCAACAACAAGGAGUCCACUAUACAAAGUCGUACGCCGCGGUGGUAUCAGGACCCACGUCACGGAGCUUAUUCGCAAUCUCAACGGCAAAGGGGUGGAAGGCAAAGGCGAUCGACUACGUCUCCGCGUUUUUGAACGGCAUACUACCGCAGCACGAGAUGGUAUAUAUGCAACUGCCUACAGGGAUUAAGCACGGCAGGGGGGGCCUGGUUGGCCUGCUCCGCCAGAGCCUUUACGGGAUGAAGCAAGCAGCGAGGGUGUGGUAUUUCCUUGCGACGGAACACCUCACCACUCUAGGAUUCAAAAUCUCGCCGUACGAUGGCGGAUUCUUAUAUCACCCUAUUCGCAAGAUCUACCUGACAUUGCACGUCGAUGACUGUCGGGUAACGGGACCCCAAGAGCAGCAAUUAGACUGGAUAUUGGCAGAGAUUGCUAAAAGGUUUGAGACAAAGGAUGUCGAAGAGAACAAGCCCUACCUUGGAAUGGAAGUCAAACGUCAAAUGAACGGCGACCUAGCGGUUACCCAGAACCGUUAUAUCGAUGAGAUCCUUGAGGAUUUUGGAAUGGACAAGGUCAACCCGGCCAGCACGCCGAUGGCGGCCGGCAUACGCCUAGAAUUCUCACCAGAUGAAGAUAGCGGGUUAGAUGACGAUUUUACUGCUACUAGAUAUCGUCAAGGCUUAGGAUCGCUGCAGUAUUUGGUGUCAAGCAGCAGACCAGAUCUGGCAUUCGCGGUCAACUACCUCUCACGUUUCAACUCGCGUCCGCACAAGGAAUGCUGGGCAGCAUUAAAACACGUCCUACGCUACGUCAAGAAAACGAAGGAUCACGGAAUCCUAUACAAGAAGGAGAUGAUUGGGGGACUCAGUCCUGUCGCGUACAGCGACUCAGAUUGGGCAGGGGCAGACCCCCAAUACAAGUCAACUACAGGUUACAUUAUCCUGCUAAACGGAUCACCAAUCUCGUGGCGGUCGCAACGGCAGACCUCAGUUGCAAAAUCAACCACUGAGGCGGAGUAUAUCGCGGCAAGUGAGGCAGCGUGCGAAGUGAUCUGGCUGAAUGACAUGUUAUUUGAUGCUGGAUUAGUAGAAGGGAAAGCGAAGGUAUGCUCGCACCUGCGAGUUGACAACAAGGGCGCGAUAGAUCUAGCAAAAGGGGAGUCCUUGACAAGGAGGUCACGUCACAUCGAGAUCAGAUACCAUAUCCUUCGCGAUCUGGUUGAAAAAGGCGAAAUCAUGAUGGAACACGUUGGUUCUACGGCCAAUAUAGCUGACGGCCUCACCAAGCCACUGGCAAGGCCUGCCUUCGAAGAAUUUGUUAAGAGGAUUGGCUUAAUGGAAAUUGGCAAGAAGGGGUGA